AUGUUUUUAAUACUGUGGGGUCUGAGUCCAUUCAACUUCCACAAAUUGUGGUUGUUGGCUCUCAAUGUCGGUAAAAGUUCCGCUCUCGAAAAUCUUUUUGGUCAAGAUUUUCUUCCACGCGGUGCUGGAAUAGUUACCCGGAGACCAUUGACAUUACAAUUAGUAUACACUCUACCAAAAGACAAAGAAAUGGAAUGUAAUCAUUUAGGAGUACCAGUGCCUGAAGAAGAUGAAUUUGCAGUAUUUACACAUAUUAAAGGAAAAGUUUAUACAAAUUUUAACGAAAAUAUCUCACAUGAACCGAUCACAUUGAAAAUAUAUUCACCAAAAGUUGUAACACUAACACUUGUUGAUUUACCAGGACUGACAAAGAUACUAGUCGAAGAUCAGCCAGUUGAUAUUGAACAACAAGUACGAGAUCUAAUUAUGCAUUACAUAACAAAUCCAAACUGUAUCACCCUUGCAAUAACACCGGCAAAUGUCGAUUUUUCAAUAUCAGAAGCUGUCAAAUUUGCAAAAGAAAUAGAUCCGGAAAGUAUUAAAAGUCUUUUUUAA